CCCUUCUUCAGCCCCGGGGUAGAUUACAACAAUAUAAUUCCAACCGAUCUUUACGGCUUGAAAGGCAUACUUGAUUGCAAUAAUUUAUACUCACCAUUAUCCUGGCACAGAUACUGGAUAAUCCGCCCGCUGUUGACUUGCAAGUACUUCCGUGUUUUACAAAGUGUCGGCGUAAAUGCGCAACGGAAACGUAACAACCGUAAAUAAUAAAAGUCGAGGGAGAAUCGAAACUGAAGGUUUUUGUAAUCCCAGCACUUCCGCGGACCGAGGCAGAGACGCAGCAGCGAUGGCAGGAGCUCUCUCUCUGUCCGCUCUAUGAGGGGAUCGGGACCUCUGAUACUGAAAGAUGCAGGGCGCUGGAAAAGGCCCAGGUGAAGAAACAAAGAUGAGCAACUCCUGCGAUCUACCAGAUAAUAUGACUGAGUGGACCAAAGAGCACGUAAAAUCCUGGGUGAUUGAACAACUUAAACUUGAUCCGAAAUAUGGCGAAACACUGUGCAAUGAAGAUGUCAGUGGAGUUGUGUUGGUGGAGCUUGAGAAAGCAAACAUAAUUGAAAUGGGCAUAAAGGCUGGACCAGCCUUCAUGAUGAUACGUAAACGUGAUGAAUUCAUCAAACGGUCAAAGAAAGCCACAAAGCCAACGGCUAUUGAAAGUCUCCUUCCUACAGGCACAGGUGGUUCUACUUGCAAGGCACCUGAGGUUGGUGAUGCAAAGGGGCAGAACAAUGAAUCAGUUACCUCUAAUUUAGCAAAGAAUCCCUCACAAAAACAUCACAAGACGAAGAGUAGACCUGGAUCCAGCAGUUCUACAGACAAAGUGGCACAACCUAACGUCAGCUCGUCAAAAUCAGAGAAAAGUGAGAUCAAAGGACAAGAAUGUACACAAGGGAUGAUUGAUACUGUUGCAAAGACACAGUCUGACGCUGAAUCAGGAGCCAGAACAUGUAAACUGCAGUCAAAAGAAAACAUCUCAAAACCACAAUGUGAACCAUAUCCAUUUGACCAACGUCACAUAGGUUCAAGGUAUAUACAAAACCAUAUCCUUCCUCCUGAAACCGGGCCCUCUAAUCUAGUAGACCCAGUGCAUGAGUUUAAGCUUUUUAAUUUGCCCGAGAAUGUAACAAGUGUAGAGGUGAAGGAAGAUAUGAUGAAGAAGUUUAGCAAUGAGGUUUUUAGAUUCUCAGCUGCGUGUAUGAAUAGCAGAACAAAUGGGACCAUCCAUUUUGGUGUAGGAGACACCAAAAGUGGAUAUGGACAUGGUGAGAUUAUUGGUGUAUCUGUGGAGAGCACAGAAAACUAUGUUGAUUGUCUUUCCAACAGUUUUGUGGUUUAUUUCGAUCAGAAGGAUGUUGCAGAUGCAAAAGAGUGCAUUCGACCACCCAGAUUUGUGGAAGUUUUGAAUCCAGAUCAAACUUCGUUAGGAAGGUUUGUAAUUGAAGUUGACAUUGUACCAAGCUCCUGCACCUGUGAGUCUACAUUGUAUUAUAUUCACAUGUUGACUAAAACUGACAAAAAAUGGAUGAGGAGUAAGGAGAAACAUUUUUUCAUACGCGAUGGAAGCAGCUCCAGAGAUAUACUGGGAAAUAAAAAUAUCACAGUGAGAGACGCAGAGCACAACAAAUUUCUCAUUGAGACAUUGGUAGACUUGGUAAAGAGACGAAAAAUUGCUGAAGAGAAACCACAAAGGCCAACAAAGAAACAAGAGGGCUACAAGCUGACUAGGAUGAUUACAGGUGGAUCAGACAUGCUCGACACAUCCUAUUAUGAAUGGUACAUAUUGGUAACGAACAAAUCACAACAGAAUCAAAUACAGCAUUUUGAGUUUCUAAAUGAAAUUAACUGGUUUUGUGUGCUGGAAUAUGAUCCUGAUUCGGUAACCAGUGGUACAUGUCAUUCUUAUCGUAAAGCAAAAAUUGCGAAUCUUCACUUCCCUCAUCAUUAUCAUGAUAUUGAAACAUCACUCUGUGAAAACAUUGCAAAACUUAAAUUGCACAACCAAACAAGCUGGAUCUUUUGUAAUGGAAGAUCAGACCUUGAAGAUCAGGCAUUCAAGCCUUUGCCGCCCAAACAGUGGUAUAAAGAACAAGCUGCAGACGUCAGGAAACUGGUUUCAUUUCUGUGCCGAGCAGAUAUCAUGCCAAAGGGGAAAUUUCUAGUAGUAUUUUUGCUCUUAUCUAAAGUAGAAGAACAAAGAGAUCCUUUCCAUGAAACUUUCUGUUCAUUUUACCAAGAACUGAAAGGGGCAGAAGACAUGAUAUGCAUCUGUGAAAGUGAGCAGACAUCCGUGCGCUGGAAGGACCUUAUGAAGUGCACAUGUGAUUCACAUGAAGUUACAAAUAGAUGUGUUUCUGCCUUAAGCAUUAAAGAAGUCAAUGAUACAGUUCUGAAAUUAAAGUCAGUCACUCGGUCCACAAGGCGAUUCUUACCCAUGGCAUCUUCAGCAUCUGUCGUUCUUCAACAGAAAGAUGAGGAACUCUUGACUGCACUGGAAGUCCUGUGUGAAAAUGAAUGUGAGGGCACAGAUAUAGAAACCGAUCCAAAUCGGUUUAAGGAAUUUCAAAAAUCUAAGGAAGAACAAUUUUACAGAGGUGGCAAAGCAUUGUGGUGGAAUUUUUACUUUUCUACAAAAGUACCUUUUAUCAAACGAAACAGUUACGACCCUCUUGUUGAAUUAAUUCAUGCAAAAUCACCCUCUUCAAUAAGUGUGAAGAUUAUCAGUUUGUUUCAUCAUCCAGGCUGUGGUGGGACAACUUUGGCCAUGCAUGUUUUGUGGGAUUCAAGAAAAAAGUUUAGAUGUGCUGUACUUAGGGACAGUAAAGAAGACCUUUUAGAAAUUGGAAGACAAGUCGUUGAUCUGGUUACCUAUGAAACUUCCUGUAACUCUGAUUACUUACCUGUAUUACUUUUGGUAGAUGACUUUGAAGAAUUAGAAAAUGUGCAUGUGUUACAUAACUCAAUUCAAAGUGUUGUUGCAAAGAAAGGUCUACGGGUUGAGUACCCAUUGGUAAUCAUUUUGAACUGCAUGCGCUCACAGAAUCCAAUCAAGAGCACAAAAAUGAGUGUGUUGGAGAGUAUUGCUCUGAAACAUAAAUUGACUGUAGAUGAACAGCGCUUAUUUGAGUUAAAACUUGACGAGAUUGAAGAGCAACACACAAAACCUGAAGAUUUCUACUCAUUCAUGAUCAUGAAGAGAAAUUUUGAUGAAAAAUACAUUGAAAAUGUAGUCCAUAAUAUUUUAAAGGACUUAGAUGUUUCAAGCAAACAAGCACAGCUGGUCUCAUUUUUAGCUUUGCUGAACUCACAUGUUAAAGAUUCUUCAAUAUCUGUUUCUAAAUGUGAAGAAUUCUUGGGAUUUGGUCAAGUAAAGACCACAUUUUGGGGUCCUGAAAAGUUUGAAGAUGUGAUAGGCACUUACUCUACUCUACUUAUUCGCAUGGAAGUGGAAGACUAUGGGAGAUACCAGGGUAUUCGGAUCAUCCACCCACUGAUUGCAAAUCGUUGUUUAGAUGAAUUGAAGAGUUCUUACAAUCUUCCCAAGAGUCAGAUUGUCAUUAUGUUGCUAAAUAAAAACAUCUUUCUCCAACGAGGAAUUGGUAAAGAGAAACUCCAACAAGACACGUACAGUAUGUUGAUUACCAGACAGCGAAAAGAACAUAGAGAUGAAGCAGAUACACUGUUCUCUCCUUUAAUUGAAGCAAUACAGAAGGAGGAAGGAAGUGAUCAAGUCAUAAGUGUUUUGACUGAAGCCUCAAACAAGUUUGAUCAAAAUCCCUUCAUUUCACAGGUGUUGGCAAGACACUUGUAUCGGAUUAAAAAGGAUUUUGACUCAGCACUGGAAUGGGCUUUAAAGGCCAAAGAUAAGGCAAAGGACAAUUCAUACAUAAGAGACACACUGGGCCAAGUUUUUAAAAGUAAAUUAAAAUACCGGAUUGAAUCAGUUGAAGCUGACAAACAAACUGUGGUGUCUCCUAGUCAACUGAGAGAGUUCCUGGACCUUGCAAAAUGUGCUUCAGAAGCUUUCAGAGAAUCACAGCAACUGACAGAAAUGAAGGAGGAUAGAGCUAACUGGCAGGAACAGAGAAGUAAAUUAAAAUCUGAUGUUUACAAUACUUCUGGUUAUUUGGGAGAGAUCGAAGUUGCUCUGUAUGUUAUAGACAUUAUCAGAAUGAUCCCAUUCUUCAGUGGGAAUAAAGAGGAAUUAAUGCAUUUCCUCUCAGCUAACAUGAAUCUUCAGCACAUUAAAAAGGAAAACAAAGUUGAUGGUGAAUUAUGUUCAAUAGUUGAUGAAUACAACCAAUAUCUGGUUAAUAUUCAGACAUCGAUGAAAACAGCUUUUGACUUUUUUGAAGAUUAUUUUGUCUACUUUAAAACAAGGUACAUUGAGAGAGAAACAGCUGACUCAAGGUGUCGUAAAAAAGUUUCAGAUUGUUUUCGUAAAUACACUGAAGUAUUUUAUUUAUCACAGUUGGAAAACAUCUCAGCAAAGAAGAGCAAUCCCAAACUCAGCCUAACACUGGAGCUGGAAGAUCACAAGAAGUUCUUAGAGCUCCACAAAGCAGACCGCUUUGCUGGCUUACUUGAGUUCCUAACAAAUAAUUAUGAAACAGGGAAUAAAAUGGAAGAAAUUGUUGCUAACUACAAAUUCAUUCUCCAGAAAUCAACAAAGGAAGAUUUAUCAAAAGAGAAACUAAAUUUUAUCUUGGCCAACAUUGUGCUUAACUGUGUCAAACCAAAUUCCAAGAAAAUUGAAACUUAUGAUGAACUCAGAGUACUUUUGAAGAAAGUUCUGCGGGAUGUGGGGUUUGACUAUGGUUACGUUGAACCAUAUUUCUUGGGUUCCCUAUUAUUUUGGCCAACUACAAAAAAUGAGUCUGAUGAAGAUUUUGCAUUUCUUCAGAAAAUCAUAACAGCGAUCAAGCAAUCAUUUCGAGGGCGUUAUGCACGAAUGAGUCAUUCCAAACAUCCUGUUGCACAUUUCUACCUCUGCAAAAGAAAAGGGUUGAAGAGAUUUGUUCACAAAGCAGAAAUUGAUCAAUUUUUCAGCAAGGUGCGACAUCUCAAAUCCUUAUGGCAAUCUGGAGAGAUCUGGAAAGAACAUGAAGUCAAAACGCUUCUCCUUCGCAUGAAUGGUAGAACAGGGGAGGAUAACAAGGUGCACAUUGAGUUUGGCAGUGUCAAAAUUUCUGUGAGACCUGCAUAUUUGGGCAAGCUGAGAAGUGGUCUCAGCAUUGAGAAUGUAUCCUUUUACUUGGGAUUCUCGAUGGAUGGACCUAUAGCAUAUGACAUUGAGACGACAGAUUAAGAGUUUCAGAUAUGGACUGUGGGUUAACAUUGGUGCACCACCUCCCCAUAAUGUUUGACACUUACUGAUCAAGAAUCUGUCAAUCUCCAUUUUAAAAAUACCCAAUGACUUGGCCUCCACAGCCAUCUGUGUAAUUCAUUUGACAGAUUCACCACCCUCUG